AACAAAUCACAGUGAAAUUUCACUUGACUAUUCCAUUUUAAAUCUACCCACCCCUCGCAUACUCCCACGAGAAAGCUUCAAAUGAAAAGAACUGCCCAUUCUUCGAAUUAAAGGUAGUGGAAAGAGGCAAUUGAAUAGUACUUUGACUUCGAGCGAUCCAAUUCCUCAACCUCGUCGUUUGAUCUGUUGUGGAGAAUUGCAAGUGCUGGAGUGGACACCCGAUCAGGUUUCCAGUUUAAUUCAUUAGAAUCAACGACACCUUACCAUAGAUGAACUGAGAUGGUAAAAAAGAGAGAGGAAAUGGCUGGAGAAACUAAGAAUGAUGCUGUGGAGUCUGCGACUAAUACAGAUACCAAGAUUAGUCCAACAAAGAAAAAAAAGGGAGUAUUGUCAAGAAUAUGGAAUGCACUAUUUAGAUUACGUGGAGAUGAUUUUGAGAAGAGACUGCAGUAUAUAACCAAAGAAGAGGCUUCUGUCCUUGCCAGAAUUAAACGGCGUUCUCAUAGUUCGAGGAGGAUCGCUAGGAAUCUCAUUAUACUUACUGUAGUUUUUGAGGUAAAACAGCCCAUUCUUUAUUCUAUUAUAGUACCGGGAAAAUAUAGGAUACUGGUAUUAUUGGUGUUAUUGCUGAGGCCUAACGCGUCCCUAUUUUUGCAAGAUAUUUUGAACUGUUAUUGUAUCAUUGUUUAG